AUGCCUUUCACAUCGGGAGAAGGAAACCUGCUGCAGCUGAACCAAAAGAGCUUCGACUUCAACCUCCAAUUCGAGCAGCUGUUUUUCUCUAUCAUCCCGUCGGCUCUAUUUAUUGUCACGUCGCUAUGGCGGACUGUUUCCCAGGCGCGGAAGCCCACCGUGGUGAAUGCUCCUAUAUUCCAGCUCAUCAAAGUGGGUGCCAUAACAACCUAUGUAGGACUUGAACUCUCGCUUCUUAUCCUGGUUGCGGCUGGGUCCUUCCAAGUCACUAGCAUGUUCAUAGCUUCCUCGGUCCUCAAGCUCGUAUCGGCUCUGUUCAUGAUAACGCUCAGCGUCCUCGAUCACAGCAGAAGCCCACGACCAUCGGUGCUAUUGAACAGCUACCUGUUUCUGACUCUUCUCUUGGACGCGGCUCAGACGAGAACGUUGUUUCUGUCAUCCAAUGAUAAGCCUGAGCUCACCUACUGCAGCAUCUUCAGUGCGGCCCUAGCUUUGAAGAUUGGAAUACUGCUACUGGAAGCCCAGCAAAAGUCUAAAUGGGUCAGCUGGGAUGAGAAGAAGCACAGCCCAGAGGAGACGAGCGGUAUCUUCUCUCUUGGGGUCUUCUUUUGGCUGAAUAAUAUGUUCUUGAUGGGCUACAGGAAAGUGUUGACGAUUGAGGACCUGUAUCCCCUGGAUAGCUCGUUCGACGCUGAAGCGCUCCAUGAGGAGUUUUCCAGGCAUAUGGACUACUUUAAACUGAAAGGAGACAAGUAUGGUCUUCUGAAGGUACUCGUGCGCACACUGAAAGUUCCUCUCCUACUUCCUGUGCUACCCCGUCUGGCACGCCUUGCUUUCACGUUCAGUCAACCACUUUUUCUUGAAAAGCUGUUAGAUUACCUAUCUCAGCCUAGACUUGAUCCUAAUGUUGGAUAUGGGUUCAUCGGGGCUAGCUUGCUGAUUUAUUCAGGGCUUGCUAUUUCAUGGGCCUUCACCUGGUACUUCCAACACCGAAUGCGUACGAUGACAAGGUCGAUACUGGUUACCGAGAUAUACAACAAAGCCACGAAAGCUCGUAUCGGAAGUGGCGAUGACACCGCUGUGCUGACUUUAAUGAGCACAGAUAUGGAACGAAUCACGGUGGGAAUCCGGUCGCUGCAUGAAUUGUGGGCGAGUGUAAUACAGGCUGCUCUCGCUGGAUGGAUGCUGUACGAUCGACUUGGGGUGGUCUUCGUGGCACCAAUGGGAGUCGUCAUAGCUUGCUUCGUUGGAUUAGGGAUUCUUAUCAACUUUACCGGAGACUCGCAAAGGGCCUGGAUGUCAGGCAUUCAGAAGCGUGUGGGCCUAACGGCUACGGUCAUUGCCAGCAUGAAGAAUCUGAAGAUCUCUGGUCUCUCUGCUGCCGUCGGAGACUUUGUGCAGAAGCUUCGGGUCGAAGAACUGGCAUCCGGCGCGCGGUUUCGCAUGAUACUCAUAGUCGCGGCGCUCUUUGCUUUUAUUCCUCAGCUGAUUAGUCCGGCAUUGACCUUUGCAUUUACCUCACGUACAUUGGAUGCCUCCACAAUGUUCACAAGUCUUUCUUUCCUCACCCUGUUGACCAACCCACUAGCGCAAGUCUUCCAAUCGAUUCCCGACCUCGUCUCUGCACUGGCCUGUUUAGGCCGGAUCCAAGCCUUUCUGGAGUGCGAGGAUCACCAUGACUUUCGCCAGGUGCUCGCUGAAGUCAAGCAAAAUGUGGAGGAAUCUCAAGUCGGCACCCGAACGUCGUCUGACUCGGAGCCUUGUGUGGCUCAUCCUGUUGUCAUCAAGAAUGGGCAGUUUGGUUGGGUAGCGGACAGGUUCGUCUUGCGAGACAUUAACACUCAAGUGACCAAGUCUUCGCUCAACAUUGUCAUUGGACCGGUUGGCUCGGGAAAAUCUACGCUCUGCAAGGCACUGCUUGGGGAGAUCCCCUAUAGCAAAGGUAGCGUGGUUACGAGUACUAGGUUUCCUCACGUCGGAUUCUGCGACCAAACGGCAUUCCUCUCGAACGGGUCUAUCAGAGACAAUAUCAUUGGCUUCUCUCCGUUCAACCAGGAGAGGUAUAGUGAAGUCAUCGAAGCUACAGCUCUGGGAAUCGACCUUGCUACACUUCCCCAGGGUGACCGGACGAAUAUCGGAUCUGACGGGAUCGCUCUGUCUGGUGGUCAGAAACAACGCGUUUCUCUCGCGCGAGCUCUGUACCUGUACUCUGAUCUGUUAGUGCUAGACGAUGUCUUCAGUGGACUCGACGUGGACACCGAGGAGCAGGUUUUUCGACAAGUAUUCGGCCCUGAUGGUCUACUCAGACGACGACGAUCUACAGUCGUGUUAUGUACUCACAGUGUCAGACACCUACCUGCGGCAGACCAUAUUAUAGCACUCGGAGACGGCACGAUUGCUGAGCAGGGUACUUUUGACAGACUGAUGGCCACUCAGGGGUAUGUUCAGCGUUUGGGAUUGAAGAACCCUUCCGACAGCGAUGCAUCGUCCGACAAAACACCAUCCAAGAAGAGUAUUCAGGAAUCGAAGCCGCAACUUCUCCACACGACGACGACCAAUACAUCAUCCCUUGCGUCAGAUACGCAUGCAUCCCGGCAAGUUGGAGACAAAACAGUAUACAAGCAUUACUUCAAGAGCAUGGGAUGGCUCGUGGCAGGAUGUAGCUUGUUCUUUGCUGCUCUCUGGGGCUUCUUCACAAACUUUGCAACAGUUUGGCUCACAUACUGGACCGAUGACAACUCGACACAUCCAACGCAUUCUCAUGCCUACUACGCCGGGAUAUAUGCAUUGUUCCAAGUCAGCGCCUUGAUAUCGCUGCUUGUACUUGGAGUCGCGCUCUUUGUUUUCUCCGUCAAACGAGCCGGUGCCAGUCUCCACCAGGAAGCCUUGCGCACCCUCAUUCGAGCCCCACUGCGCUUCUUCACCAACACGGAUACUGGUGUUGUGACAAACCUAUUUUCGCAGGACCUGAACCUUAUUGACACCGAGCUGCCUGAAUCAACAUUGAACACCCUGUUUUGUGUCUUUCAAGCAAUCGGACAAGCAGCCGUUAUGCUUACGUCGUCUGUGUACUUGGCCAUCAGUUACCCGGUCCUGGGUGCCCUCCUGUAUAUGCUGCAAAAAUUCUACUUGCGGACAUCCAGACAGCUGCGGUUGCUCGAUCUCGAGGCUAAAAGCCCCUUGUACACGCAUUUUCAUGACACUAUGAAGGGCAUCACAACCCUGCGAGCAUUCGGUUUUAUCUCCGAGGACGUUCACAAGAACGCGCGCCUGAUCGACUCCAGCCAACGACCUGCAUAUCUCCUGCUCAUGAUCCAAGAAUGGCUGAACCUUGUUCUUGAUCUCGUAGUCAUGGUGAUGGCGGUGGUCUUGACAACUCUUGCUGUUCGACUCCAUUCCAACUCUGCCUUUGCUGGUGCCUCUAUGUUCUCUCUUAUGAAUUUCGGCGACAGCAUUUCAGGCAUUGUCACCUACUACACUAAGCUGGAAACCUCCAUCGGCGCGAUCGCCCGACUCAAGAUAUUCAACGAAACCGUCAAGCCAGAGGACACAGAAGAAGAGGACAUUGUUCCUCCCGAGAAGUGGCCCCAGACCGGGGUGGUUGAAUUGAACGGUGUAUCCGCCAGCUACGGAAAUAACAGUGAAGACGACCAACCCAAUCUCGCCCUGCACAACAUCCACCUAUCCAUCUCCUCAGGCGAGAAAGUCGCCAUCUGCGGCCGCACCGGCAGCGGCAAAUCCAGCUUCAUCGCCCUCCUGCUCAAGCUCCUCGACGCUAUCCCCUCCACCGCCGACAGUGUCACCAUCGACACCCUUCCCCUCCACCGCAUCAACCGCCCUUCUCUCCGCCAACACAUCAUCGCCGUCCCCCAAGAAGCCGUCUUCCUCCCCGACGGCUCCACCAUCAUGGCAAACCUCGACCCCUCCUCCAUCUCCACCCCGACCGAAUGCACCACCAUCCUCACCACCCUCGGACUCUGGGACUUCGUCCAAGAACGAGGCGGACUCAACGCCCCCAUGAGCGCCGGAACGUUCAGCGCCGGCCAGCGCCAACUCCUAUCCCUCGGACGCGCACUACUCCGACGCCGUCUCCGAGCCCGAAAUGGCACCGAUGGCGGAAUCCUCCUACUAGAUGAAGUGAGCUCGAGCGUGGACCACGAAACAGAACGAGUCAUGCAGGAGAUCAUCCGAACCGAAUUCAAAAACUACACCGUCAUCGCCGUGAGCCAUCGUCUCGACAUGAUCAUGGAUUUCGAUCGCGUGGUCGUCAUGGAUACGGGAGAGAUCGUCGAGGUCGGAAACCCGGUCAUAUUGGCCGGACAAGCGGGAAGUCGAUUCGGGGAUUUGGUGAGAACAGGCGCAAAAUAA